AUGAGCCCCGCGACCCAGAAACGUAUAUACCUCACUAGACACGCAGAAGCUGAGCACAAUGUCACCGAGGACUGGACAAUCCACGACGCCCCACUCACGUCCAACGGCAGGCAGCAGGCCGCGGCCCUGAAUCAGUCGACCAAGGACGCCAUCCAGGCUUCUGCCGAUCUCCUCGUUACCAGCGCUCUCCGCCGCACACUCUCCACGACCCUCAUCGGCUACCCCAUACUCCGCAAACGCUUGGAGGCAGAAGGGAAGCCUGUCAUUGUCCUCCCACAGCUGCAGGAAGUCAACAACCUGCCGUGCGAUACCGGCUCGGCACGCGAGGCCCUCGAAGCAGACCCCGAGUUCGCAGGGCUUGACUUCUCCACCCUCACCCCGGAUUGGACCUCCAAAGCCGGAUUUUACGCCGCGACCGAGCAGGCAAUCGCAGCGCGUGCGCGCUGGGUCCGCCGCUGGUUGCGCUCGCGCCCCGAGCAGCGCAUCGUCGUCGUCGCCCACGGCGACCUCCUGCGCUACAUCAUCAAGGGCUACAACACACACGAGGCGUGGGCAAACUGCGAGGUCCGCGAGUACACGUUCGCGGUGGACGAGGCGGACGACAAGGAUGGGGAGGCGUGGCUCGUUCCUGUCAAAAAACUUGUCGCGGUGGAGGGCGAUCCGGAGCCGACGUCUUCCGAGCAGGCAAGUUUGUAG